AUGAAUAGCACACUUGGCGACAACGCCGCUGCUGGAGACCACUGGAAUGUGGAUCCCAAUGUUCUUGCUGUCCCACAAGAUGUUACUGAGGUGCUUGAAGUCUCUGUUGGUCAUCAUGGCAAGCUGGCUCUAAUGGGCGAGUUCGAGUCUACAUCAGCUAUCCACGCUGUUGUCCCCGGCUUUUGUCCAAAGCCAAUUGGCUGGGGAACAUUUAGGAAUGACCCAAAAUCACAUUUCUACAUUUGCAAGUUUUACGACUUUGGUGAAGGCGUACCUGAGCCCGUUUCUUUCUGUGAGAGUCUCGCUCGAUUGCAUUCCAACCAUUCUUCACCCGAAGGCAAGUUCGGAUUUCAUUGCACAACAUACAAUGGCGACCUCCCCCAGGAUAAUUCCUGGUGCGAUAGCUGGGAAGAGUUUUUCACAAAUGGCCUGCGCCACAUUUUAAACGUCCGAGAAGAAAGGGCCGGUCCUUGCCCUGAACUCGACGCACUUCUGCCUCAGCUUUUUGACAAAGUUAUCCCCAGGCUCUUGCGGCCACUUGAAAGCGGGGGACGAAGCAUUAAGCCUUCGUUGGUGCACGGAGAUUUAUGGUGUGGAAACACAGGAAUAGUCCACGAUCCUACGACGAGGGGCAUCGUCUAUGACCCUUCCAGUUUCUGGGCGCAUAACGAGUACGAGUUAGGAAACUGGCUUCCUACACGAAACGAAUUCACACUUGAGCAUUUUCAAGCAUAUCGUUCUCAUAUGCCCGAAGCUGAGCCAAAAGACGACUAUGACGACCGCAUCGCUCUCUAUUCAUUGAGAUUUAACUUACACGCAGCGGCACUGUUUCCAGAGAAGGAAGAAUUUGUACAGAUGGUGAUGGAUGAAAUCAAGAGACUCUCCGAGAAGUAUCCUAAGGGUUAUACAGAGUAG